CAACAAGCCAAUUUCCACUUACCUUCCCUUUGAUGACUUCAUAAAUCUCUUCUAUUUUUCUUUUCCUUUUUUCUUUUGUUUUAUUCUUUCUUUACUUGGAGUAGUACUUUAUCUAUAUAUACAUGCAUGACCCAUAAGAAUUGAAACAAAUUCUAUUUUUUUUGCUCAAUUUAAUACUUCCUACUCCAGAGACUCUCUUCUCAUCUCUGAAAUUUUGCAGCUUCCUUCUCUCAUUGAUAAAGGUCUUUCUCAAAGUCUCUUAAGUCAAAUCUAUAGAAAUCAUCAUCUUCAUCAUCAACAUGUCUGAAAAGAAGGUGAAAUUUCCUUCCCAGUCUCUUUUAUAUGUUCUUAUCAUGUGUUGUUUGUUCCCCUUAAUCGAUAAUCAAGUUUGGAAUUAUUUAUUUAAUCAAUUCUCUGGUUUGAUUCACUUUGAGCCCAUCUGUCUUUGUUCUGUUUCUGGGUUGGGUUCAGUUAGCCAUGGAAAUUUCUGGGAAGAAAUUAGGAGACUUUCUUGUAUUUUAGACUUUUACAGUUGACUUCUUCCCUGGUCUUUCAAAAACAAUAUCUCCCUCUUAUAAAGCCUGAACCUUUUUCUUCUAGAUUUCUGCAAUUCUUAUUUGUUACCCAUGGCCAGAAGUUUUAAAAUCUCGUUUGUUUUAAUGUAUUACUCGUUUCUGAGUGGAAAAGACUAAAUGAUCAAAAUAAAACACUAAAACAGAGUACCCUGUUUGCCUUUCUGAAUGGAUGAUCAAAAUAAAGCAUGACGAUGAUGAUGAAUCACUCGUAAUUGCUAGUUGAUCUUUGAUUAUUUUUCGAUUGAUUCGGAGGAUCUGUUAAAAUUUGUUUCUGAUUGUUCAAUAUCCAUGGUUUCAGAAGCUAGUGGUGAAGGUAUUCAUAAAUGACGAGAAGGACAAACAGAAGGUUAUGAAAACAGUUUCAAGUCUCGAAGGGAUUGAUUCUCUGAAUAUGGACAAAGACUGGAAAUUAACCGUGACAGGGGAUUUUGAUCCCGUCAAAGUUGUGAGCAAAUUGAGGAAGAAGAAGUGGAAUGUUGAAAUAAUUACAGUUGGACCAGCAAAAGAGCCUGAAAACAAGAAGAAAGAAGAUGAAAACAAGAAGAAAGAAGAUGAAAACAAGAAGAAAGAGGAAGAAAAGAAGAAGAAAGAAGAUGAAAUCACGGCAGAGCUGCUGAAAAAUUACAAAGAUUAUUACGCUAAAUACCUGGCUCAGGCACACCAACAUUAUUAUGUUCCCCCCACAGGAUAUUACACUCCCUACAAGGCUCAGGAUCAAUAUAGUAAUUAUCAUCUCAGCCAAGAAGAGAACCCGAAUUCCUGUGUAAUCUCUUAAUUUGGGUGAUGAUCAAGAACCUUUUCUGAAAGGGGAAAUGUAUUGAUUGGAGUUAAAAGGUAAAAGGGUGUUUUGAAAAUGGCAAGAUUGUUGUUUGUAUGUGAUAUGUAUAUAAUUGUGGAGGAUGAAUACCAUUGCUGCCUUUUGCUGAGCAGAAAGGGGAAGAGGGAAUAAAGUUUUAGGACACCCUUUGAUAUGAUGAACAUCAUGAUUGAUAAGCAACUUCAUUUUUGUACAUAGAUGGAAAUGCAGAUUUUAGUACUACUUAAGAAAAAAGAAACCUCUGUAAGGGAUUCAGACUCCAUUCCUUGAAUCCAUUUCCGGCAAAACAAACAGCUCCUUAAAUCUUGUUCCAAUGGUUUCAAUUUUAGUUUCAAAUUUUCAUGAUUUGAUUUGGAUUCCACGAUGAAGUUUCAUUGUAUUUGUUUCUCACAUUUUUUUAUUUUUUAUUUUUAAAAAAACUUGACACAGGCGCCUUUAUAACUAAUACCAAACACCUUAAAAAAGCAU